CGCAUAAGCUGUGAACGACAAUUCUCUCAAAAAUAUACAUUUCUUUUAAAGUUGAUUUUAAAAUUGUCAAAAGGCAUUUCACAAACACGCGCCUAAUAUUUCCGAAACGGUGAAAACUAUUUCGUCUACAGCAAAUAAUACAACAAUAAACCUUAUCACUCAGUAAAAAUCUUUCAGUGACGAUUUUUGGAGCAAAAGUUCUACAUACAAAAUUUACAUCAUGUGGGGAAGAUACUUCGUGGUAUUGUUAUUGGCACUAACGCCGCAUGCCAUACUCAGUGUUAAACAACGCGAGCUAGAAACUGUCUAUCAGUGGAAACAAAUGGUUUUUGGCUUCCCCACGGAAGCAGAUCGUCAAGAAGCAAUAGCCAAUGGCAACUUAGUACUAGAAAACGCAACGCCCAUCGAUGUGGCGACCCAUUCUCACCCGACAAAGGGUUCACGUGUCUUUACGACAAUACCCAGAUUCACCACGGGCAUUCCGUACACUUUGGCAUUGGUGUCUGACGCCAAUGAGGCGAAUGGACCAGUACUCCAGGCAUAUCCCGAUUACAGUUGGCAUAACUCACAUGGCAGUGAUUGUGAUAAAAUUACUUCGGUAUUCCGUGUGGCGAUCACGGAGUGCAAUCAGAUGUUUGUACUCGAUUCGGGCGCUAUAGGCAUGGUUCAACACUGUCCACCACAGCUACUCGUCUUCGACUUGAACACCGACACCUUAUUCCAUCGUUAUCGCUUCGAACCAAGCACAUACGUAGCCGGCGCUUCACUCUUCAUCACGCCAUUAGCAAUUGUACACGAUCCCCCGCCAAAAGGCCGCUGUCGCAAAAUACAAGUCUACAUUGCUGAUGUCACGUUUCAUGGUUUGAUUGUUUAUGACUCGGAAUUGAAUACAGCUUGGCGUAUCGAAAAUAGAUUUAUGUAUCCCGAUCCCGAUCAUGGCUCACACACAAUUGCCAAUGAGAAAUUCAUUCUAAUGGAUGGCAUGUUUGGUUUGGCCAGCGAUCGAGAACAGCUCUACUUCCAUCCAUUGGCCAGUGUCAGCGAGUAUGCAGUGCCGCUGAGCGUCGUAAACAACCGUACCAAUUUUAAAGACAGUGUGGAUGCCAUGCCGCAGGCAUUUCGUCAUGUGGGCAAACGUAGCAGUUCAUGUGCCGCCCAGGCAAUGGACAGUCAAAGGAAUCUCUACUGUGUUACAUUCAAUCCAAUAAUGUUGACUCGUUGGAGUCCGAACAAGCCAUUCAAUGUUAAGUAUCAGAUCGAAAUACCGGCAGAUCCAAAACUGAUUGAGUUUGUAAGCGGCAUGAAGGUGUACAAAAACGAUGCUGGCAAAGAGGAGUUAUGGAUGCUGUCGAAUCGCUUUCAGAAAAUAUCCAGCGGCUCUAUGGAUUUUAAUGAAGUUAAUUUCCGCAUUUUGCGUCGACCACUUGAUGACAUACAACACGCGUCCGUUCAAGAUCUGAGUCAGCGACUCAUCUUCACUUGAUUUUGCAAAAGCUUAGUCCAUUGUGGCAUUGUGGAAACCUUUUAUGGAAAGUUACUGCACAAUAUUAUUGUAUGAUAUAUGCACUUUAUAACAGUAUUUGCGACUCCAGUAUAGAGUACGAUACACAUUUUGUAAGCACAAGGCUGAAGUUUCGAAUUCUUACUAUAUUUAAAAGCACUUCAACUACUUAUAUUCAACUACUGGUUAUCAAUAAAGGUGUAUUAUUACACCAUAUGGGCUGAAAACUAUUUGGCCUAAUAAUGAAA